AUGCCGGGUCCAGAAAAAAGAUUCUAUUUUAAUGCACCAAAGCAAGAUAAAGCCUUGUCAAGGGAUAUGAUUAGUAAAGAAAAGGAACCUGAAUUUGAAGCUGAACCCUCUGAGCUCAUUGGUGCCGUUGAAAAAUGUUGCAAAUUCGAUAAUCAAAUUAAUUUGAUUAGUGAAGCAUAUCACUUGGUGUAUGGAGGUCCAAUGAAUUUGUUAGAUGAAUCUUCUAAUCUAACUGAAAUUGAGACCCCUAUGGGAAAUAGCGUGCUACAUAUUGCAGCUUGGAAUGGUAACAAUGACAUUGUUGCUCUUUUAAUUGAACGUGCUCCUAAACUUUUGUUCAAAUUUAACAGAAACAACGAUAGUGUAUUACACGUUGCUGCAAGAAAUGGACGCUUCUCAACCAUUAAAAAGCUAUUAGAAGGUUAUACUAAUUUUGAACAACAUGAUAUAAAAAUUGAAUGGUUCAGAUACAAUGGAAAGAAUAAUUUGGAACAUGAGUAUGAUGACAAGUGGAAUAUGGAGGAUCUAUUAAAAUUUGUGAAACUAGAGAAUGUUCAAGGAAACACUAUGUUUCAUGAGGCAAUGUUAUGUGACAAGAGAAAUAUUGGAGGGGAUAUGAUUUUCAAAGUUUGUGAACAAUACAAAACUGAAGAUUGGUCUGAUAAGUCAUUAUCAGAUAGUUGUUAUGAAUUUGCCACAGAUAUUAUUAAUCAUGAAAAGAAAACAGUACUUUAUCUUGCAGUUGAAAAUGGAAACAAGGAAGCUGUUGAAGUAAUAUUAGAGAAGUGUAUCACAAAUGAUAAUUUGCCAGUGGGAUUAUCACCUUUUAUAGCAGCAAUAAUGAUGCAUAAUCAAGAAAUGUUGAGAAUCAUAGUAGAAAAAAAGAAAACUUGGAUCCAUUCAUGGGACAAACACGAAAGGCUUCCUUUACAUUAUGCUGCAUCUAUAGGUUACCUUGAAGGUGUUGAUUUAUUACUUGAAAUAUGUAACUGUUGCACCAUUCAAAGAGACAAAUAUGGUUAUUUUCCAAUCCAUCUAGCCUCUUAUGGAGGUCAUGUGGAAGUAGUGAAGAAGUUGUUACAAUACUGUCCAGACCCAACAGAGAUGCUUGAUACUACUCAUGAGCGUAACAUUCUUCACAUUGCAGCAAACAAUGGAAAACACGAGGUGAUAAGAUAUAUAUUGCAGAGUAAAAUUCCCGAACAUCAUAAACUGAUAAAUCAAAAGGAUAAUAAAGGAGACACCCCUUUGCAUUUGGCUGCAAGAUCAUGUCAUCCCACAACUGUAUACUACUUAGUUAACCAAAACAACAAAAAGGUGAAUAUUGAUUUGGUUAACAAGAACAAUGAAACACCUCUUGACAUUGUUAAUUCGAUUUACGAGGUUCAAAAAUCAUCUUUGAGACAGCAACUUACGUGGACUGCAUUGAAAUCUGCUGGUGCAAAGCAAAGUCCAAGGAAAACCGAUCAAGGUAAAGACAAAAACAUAAACCAUGUUGAAGAAUCACAACAGAGUGAGAAAGAGAGUAAUGAAAAAGAAAAAGCUUCAGAAAGAUAUAAGGACAGAUUAGAAAACCUCACAAUUGUUUCAACCCUUAUAGUCACAGCAUCAGUAGCGUCAUGUUUAGCUGUUCCAGGUGAAGCAGAUGGAAAAGCGAACAACCUAAAUCAUGCAAUGUUUCAAUUUUUCAUUAUCUUCAUAACAAUAUCAUUGUUCAGUUCCAUUAGUGCUACAAUCAUACUCUUUUGGGCAACACUUGGAUUAACUGAACUGGUGACUUUCACUCUCAGGACUGUGAUGCCACUUCUUGGAAUCGCCCUCAUUUCAUUAUCUUUGGCUUUCAUGGCUGGUCUCUACACUGUCAUCAGUAAACUUAGUUGGUUGGCAAAUGUGUUUUUGGUUAUGACUGUGAUAUUUAUCAUCAUUGUGGUCUUGUUAUACAUACUCCUUUUCCUUCCAUCAUCAUCAACUAUAAAGCCCUUGAGAUACAUUUCUCAUUACCCUUUCCUUUUUUUGGCAUCACGUACUGAGAGUAAAACUGAUCAAGGUAAUAAUCCUUGGGGGUAG